AUGCGCCCGAGCUAUUUACAGAAGGAGGGGACUCGGCCUUCUUCACGGCUCGCGGCAGUGUCUCUCGUUGAUUCGUUCGUGCAACAAGGAGGGGACCCGCCCUUCUUCAUGUCUUGUGCAACUAGGGUGAUCGACCCGGACUACCGCUGCCCGGUGGGCGUCGUGCUCUUCAACCACUCGGAGGUGGACUUUGCCGUGAAGUCCGGUGACCGCGUCGCACAGAUAAUCGUCCAGGUGAUCGCUGAGGUGGAGGACCUCGAUAGCAUCAUUUGGGGGGAGGGAGGAUUCAGGUCCACUAGCGUCUGA